AAGCUGAAGCCGCCACCUCUUGAAGCUGGAGCGGCCAUGGCGGCGGCAGCGGAGGCGGCCUCUAGCUCCGUGUGGUGCUGCCUGCGCUGGGCUUGCUGUGGAGAAGGCAGCUCCGGGCAUAUCCCUCUCAAGGAGAUGCCGUCGGUCCUGCUGGACACGCAACAGAUGGGAACUGAUGUUGUUGUUGUCAAAAAUGGACGACGGGUAUGCGGUACAGGAGGUUGCUUAGCUAAUGCUCCUUUGCAUCAGAACAAGAGCUAUUUUGAGUUUAAAAUACAAUCUACAGGAAUCUGGGGUAUUGGAGUUGCAACUCAAAAAGUCAACUUGAAUCAAAUCCCUCUUGGGAAUGAUGUGAACAGUCUAGUUCUGCGAAAUGAUGGAACUCUUUACUACAACAAUGAAGAAAAGAACAGAUUGCCAGCAAACAGUCUGCCACAGGAGGGUGAUGUUGUUGGAAUUACAUAUGACCAUGUAGAACUGAAUGUAUAUUUAAAUGGAAAAAAUAUGCACUGUCCAGCCUCAGGAAUCAGAGGAACAGUCUUCCCCGUGGUCUAUGUUGAUGACAGUGCCAUUUUGGAUUGUCAGUUCAGUGACUUCUAUCAUGCGCCUCCUGCAGGAUUUGAAAAGAUACUCUUUGAACAGCAGAUUUUCUGAAGGUUCCUACUGCAGAUUUAUUCACUAGCACUUUUUACAACCCAUUAUUUCAAAACUUCACAUUAUUCCCAGAACACUAGUCCUGUAUUUGAUAACUCUAUUUAAUGUGUGGGAAAAUAUUGGAUUAUCUGAGAAGUAUGUUGCAGAUGUUAGAUUUAACUACUGUUUGUGAUACAGAUAAUAUUUGUAUUUGAUGUAAAGGGAUACAGCUGACAGUAUUCAGUGACCAUGGGCUCUAAGAAUGCUGUAUAAUAAUGUUGUUGUUUUCACAAAAUUGCAGUCUUAAUGGUUAUUCAACAGUUCUUCUGUAAUAUAUGUAGUAAUCAGAGAAACUGAUUACAAGUAUUUUGAAUAUAACACAAUGAAAAUAUUGACACCUGUUAUGCUUUUUAACUGCUGAGGUUCUAAUGUUUAUUUCUGAGGACUUGUGUAAAAUUAGGAUAAAUUGUUAACUGUUAAAAGCCAGGCCAAAUAAUAUCUAUCUUACUAAAACUGUCACUGGAACAAACAAAGCAGUACUGAACAGCCUGUUGCUUGUUGUGAUAAAGCUUUAAUUUUUAAAAUCUUAAUUACUGUUUUGAAGUUCCCCCCCAAAAUAUAAAAUGUACAGAUUGCUUGUCUCUUCAUUUUUAUGGUGGUUUUAAAUUGCUUCUCUGUGCACUGAGAAUAUUUAUAUAGCAUUCCUGUUCAUCCAGAACUAUGAAACUUGCUGUAAGAGAAUUGCUAUAUCAAAAUUAUAAGCUUUAUCUCUCCUUGUUUUUUGUUGUGGGAGAUAGGGAAUGGUAAUAACUAUCUGAGAUUUUCUGGUCACAUUUCAUAUGUUUAACUAUACCAUAGCAAAUAAGUGAAAAAGUGAUUUGCUCUAUUUUAUUAUAUAGGCUUUGUAGUCUUAAGAGAUUUAUAGAAUGUGCUUUCUUCAUAAUAUCCUAGUAUCAGAAAUACUUCCCUAUUAACUUUAUUAUUCCUCAGGGAGGUGUCCUUUUGCAGCCUUUUAGGAAAUUCUUUUCAAACAGCCCAUUACAGAUACACAUACAAAUUCAGUUUGUGCCACUGGAAAAUAUUCUGAAACUCCAAAUUCCGCACUUGGGAGGAUAUGUAUAAAAUGCUUGGACUGCUACUAUAAAGUCAUGCAUUUAACACAAUUACUACAUUAUCCAAAGUUUCUGGACAGUGUACCUGCUGGGUACACUGGGAAAUGGGCAAUAGGAACAAGAAGUAUAUGCUCUCGUGUAUAUUUUUGCCACAGUUGCCCAUUUGAUCCCUUUAAAAUUAAAGAUUGAAUAUUCUAAAGUAUGUGUAAUAAACAUCACUUUCUGUUAUGGGGCAUUUGAAAAAGUGAAAAGGGUAUAGUUGAGAAAAUAAAAUAUUUUUAGAAUUGAAUUUGAUAUAAAAUUCACAAAUUUUAAUUAUAUGCCAUCCUGAGUAAUUUUUAUUUCAUGCUUUUUUCCUGGUCCUCUUAAAAGCAUCUGUUUGGGUACAGCAGAGAUAGCAUAUUUUAUCUGUAACAUUAAAUAUGAAUUUAAACUCGGCCUUUUUAAUCUGGUCUUGUCCAGUUUUUGUUCAACCAUGUUAACUUCUUGCUUGUGAUCUUCAGCCACUACAUAAUCUGAAUGUGAUCCUCAAGCCAAAAAAGGUUUCCCUCCACUGUGUUACUGGAAGUCUGAUAACAUGUCAUUGGAUUUAACCUACUUUGCAUCUUCAGGAGCAUAUUUAUUGAACAUUUCAUGUAUUAACUGUCAAUAUUAAGAUUUUCACAAACCACCAUCAUGUUUUCUGAAUGUAGGUUUUCAGAAUGAAUUCUUGCUUAUGUACUCUGUAAUAAAAUCAAUUUUAUUUUAAAAA